AAGCUAAUAAGAUUCGGUCACAUUUUAACCCUCUUUACUUUGCUUAUUUAAUUGCAGUCCUUAUUAGUUUAUUUUCUUGAUAGUACACCAGUAAAACACAAACUAUAACAAAACUUUUCUAGUUUGUUUAUGGGGCAUAAGCAUAGCUACGCUUGAAUCAGUUAGGGCCCAUAACGUUAUUCAUACACGACCUAAUAGCAGCCCAAGCCCCAAGCCCCAAGCCCCAAGUCUCAACAGUGUCUCUUUCAUUUCCAGCCAAAACCCUACUGAGAGCUGCAUAGAAGAACACACCCUAGAGUUUACAUUCUUUUAACUCGGUACAUCGAGAUCGAACCAGAUUGGAAGUAGUUCUAUAAUGGCGAUGCUUCAACAAUAUGGACGGACCAAGAACGUAACAAAGAGGUCAAAGAAGUACUUGGAAGAAGCGCUUUAUAAAAGGCUCUUUAAAGAAGGCAGCUCUGAGGUUAGCGUUCGACAGCAAUUGAACCAGUUUCUUAAGAGCUCAAAACGCGUUUACAAAUGGGAAGUCGGUGAUACUAUCAAGAAGCUUCGCGAUCGCAAGCUCUAUUACCCUGCCCUCAAGCUCUCAGAAACUAUGGCUGAAAGGGGCAUGAACAAGACAGUCAGUGAUCAAGCUAUUCAUCUUGAUCUAGUUGCAAAAAGUCGAGGCAUUGAGGCUGCAGAGAAUUACUUUGUUGAUCUUCCUGAAACAUCGAAGAGCCAUCUGACUUAUGGUGCUCUUCUCAAUUGUUAUUGCAAGGAAUUGAUGACCGAAAAGGCAGAAGCUCUCAUGGAAAAGAUGAAGGAACUCAACAUUGGUUUAACUUCCAUGCCCUAUAACAGCCUCAUGACCCUUUACACGAAAAUUGGCCAACCAGAAAAGAUACCAUCCAUUAUACAAGAAAUGAAAGCCAAUAAUGUAAUGCCAGAUUCUUAUACAUACAAUGUCUGGAUGAGGGCUCUGGCUGCUGCCAAUGAUAUUUCCGGGGCUGAAAGAGUCAUUGACGAGAUGAAGAGGGAUGGCCGAGUUGCUUCAGAUUGGACAACAUACAGUAAUUUAGCAGCAAUUUAUGUUGAGGCUGGAUAUUUUGAUAAGGCAGAAAAGGUGCUUAAGGAAUUGGAGAAGAGAAAUGCUUGUCGAGAUCAUUCUGCUUUCCAAUUUUUAAUUACGUUGUAUGGUCGUAUGGGCAACUUGCUUGAAGUUUAUCGAAUAUGGCGUUCUCUGAGACUGGCUUUUCCUAAAACUGCAAACAUAUCCUACCUAAAUAUGAUACAGGUGUUAGUUAAAUUGAAAGAUUUACCGGGUGCAGAGAAAUGUUUCAGGGAAUGGGAAUCUCGCUGCUCAACUUAUGAUAUCCGAGUUGCAAAUGUUCUCAUUGGAGCUUAUGCUGAGGAGGGUUUGCUUGAAAAGGCUGAAGAGCUCAGAAAGAGGGCCCGUAGGAGAGGGGCGAAGCCUAAUGCAAAAACUUGGGAGAUAUUUUCGAAUUAUUAUUUAAAGAACGGAGACAUGAAAUUGACAGUUGAUUGUUUAGCCAAAGCAAUAGAUACUGGUAGAGGGGAUGGUGGAAAGUGGGUCCCAUCUUCUGAGACUAUUAGGACUUUGAUGGGGCAUUUUGAAGAUGAUAAGGAUGUUGAUGGUGCAGAAGGUUUUGUGGAGGUUUUGAAGAAGGCUGUUGAUGACUUGGGGGUGGAGGUAUUUGAAUCAUUGAUAAGAACUUAUGCAGCUGCUGGGAGGACAAGCCCUAUGAUGCGUCGACGUUUGAAGAUGGAGAAUUUGGAAGUGAGCGAAGCAAGUAAGAAGUUGCUUGAGACGAUUUGUGUUGAGUAAUUUUGAAUGAUUGCUAUCAUGUUUUCAAAAUAAAAUGCUCUUCAUCUGUUUUUCAUACCGAUGAGAUAUGUCAAUCCAAGCACUCCAUUCUUAUUUCGUCAUUCAUAUUAAAGAAUCAUUAAUUUUGUGUAUGAAUUUUUGUGAACAUAAGAUCUAUGGGUUGAUAACUUUGAUUGGCGGCAGCAAUCUGGAAAAAUUUCUUGUUCUGUUCGGGCUGCUUGGCUAGCAUUUGAGAUGGUUGUAGAUCGUAGAUCAGCCAUAAUGGAUACAUUGAUUUGACUAGUUACUUUAAAUUAUUUGAGAGCAAUCUGUUCGCCUCGUCUCUAUGAAAUUGAUAUGAUAUUCAAGUCUCAAAUUCAAUCAUUUUGUAACUUAGCCAUGGUUAAGAGUAUUUGCUCCUGUUCCCUCUUUCCUAAGUCACCUGUGAGAAAGAUGCAUAGUUAAACCAUUUCCCUGGAUUUUAACAAAUAUCUA